UGUUGCGGGCAAGGUGGGUGUAAACAGGCAUUGAGAGGAUAGCUGGUGUAACCGUGGGAACCGAGGGCUGCACGGGGUGGACAGGGGAGGACACAUAGUAGGGCGCGCCACAAUCGGGGUAUGUACCUGCUGGGUUUUCCUUGAGUUCCAGUCUCACCUUAUAUCCACAUCGGAUGGUGAAUGAAACCGAUCCGCGUCCAGAACAGACACACUGACAGACAAAGAUGGAAAGUCAAGGCAGCCGCUGUAAGAUCGUGGUGGUCGGAGAUACGCAAUGUGGUAAAACUGCGCUCCUACAUGUUUUUGCGAAGGACUGCUAUCCCGAGAACUAUGUCCCCACCGUUUUUGAAAACUACACGGCCAGUUUUGAAAUCGAAAAACAGAGGAUUGAGUUGAACAUGUGGGACACGUCAGGUUCUUCGUAUUAUGACAACGUGCGGCCGUUGGCCUAUCCUGACUCAGACGCUGUGCUCAUCUGCUUUGACAUCAGUCGCCCAGAGACUCUGGACAGUGUUCUGAAGAAGUGGCAGGGGGAGACCCAGGAGUUCUGUCCCAAUGCCAAGGUGGUUCUGGUGGGUUGUAAGCUGGACAUGAGGACAGACGUGAGCACCCUGAGGGAGCUGUCCAAGCAACGCCUCAUCCCCAUCACACACGAACAGGGUAGUGGGUUGGCCCGUCAGAUAGGUGCGGUAGCCUACGUGGAGUGCACUUCCAAGGUGUCGGAGAACAGCGUACGGGACGUGUUCCACAUCACCACGCUGGCGUCUGUGCGGAGGCCACAGAAGCCUCAGCUGAAACGCAGUAGCUCCCGCCGGGGCCUCAAACGGGUGUCCCAGCUGCCCCUGCCCCCCCUGCCCGGUCGGACUGAUACCCUGGAUCCUGCCCCUGUCAUGCAGAAGGACCGGGCCAAGAGCUGUGUGCUCAUGUAGAGACCCACCAAGACAAAUAUAUAUAUAUAUAUAUAUAUAUAUAUAUACAUACAGUACAGUAUGAUACACAGAAAUAUAUGACAGAAAGAGGAACUCUAUUUAUUGGUUUUGUUUUGUUCAAUUUUAUUUAAUUUUUUAAAGAAAUCCUCUAUUAUUCUCGUUUUGCACUGCUGAGGAACAAGGACAAAAAACGAAAAAAUAUGCUUUCGUGUGUGUUUGAGAAUCUUUUUGGAGCUGUUUACAUUUUUUUUUUUGGACUGAUGGACGGUGAAGUGGACUGGUUCUCUCGAGACGAAGUCUCAGGGUGGAAAGAGGAGAGGAGGGAAAUAGGAAGUGCUGCAUGGUCCUGGGGUAGGGUUUGUGGAGUGCACUGACUGGGGGAUCAAUCCUUCACACGGACAGCACAACAGCCAUCUUUACUGGACGGCUGGAGGAGAAGACUUUCAUUCUGUGGAGAAGGUAGUGGAGGAGUUGAAUCAGGAAGAUGGAACAAGAAACUUCUCAGUGGACAAUGGACAUGGUUGCUGUUGCUAUGCUAUAUUGUGUUGAUACUAGAGGUCGACGAUUAUGAUUUUUCAACGCAGAUACCGAUGCCGAUUAUUGGAGGACCAAAAAAAGCCGAUCCCAGUUAAUCGGCCGAUUAAAAAAAAUAUUUGUAAUAAUGACAAUUUCAACAAUCCUGAAUGAACACUUAUUUUAACUUAAUAUAAUACAUCAAUAAAAUUAAUUUAGCCUCAAGUAAAUAAUGAAACAUGUUCAAUUUGGUUUAAAUAAUGUUAAAAAAAAAUGUUGGAGAAGAAAGUAAAAGUGCAACAUGUGCUAUGUAAGAAAGCUAACGUUUCAGUUCCUUGCUCAGAACAUGAGAACAUAUGAAAGCUGGUGGUUCAUUUUAACAUGAGUCUUCAAUAUUCCCAGGUAAAAGGUUUUAGGUUGUAGUUAUUAUAGGAAUUAUAGGACUAUUUACAUCUAUACCAUUUGUAUUUCAUUAACCUUUGACUAUUGGAUGUUCUUAUAGGCACUUUAGUAUUGCCAGUGUAACAGUAUAGCUUCCGUCCCUCUAGUUAGCGCCCUAACUAGCUAGCCAUUUCACUUCGGUUACACCAGCCUCAUCUCGGGAGUUGAUAGGCUUGAAGUCAUAAACAGCGCAAUGCUUGACGCACAACGCACGAAAGUGCUGUUUGCAAAACAGUUGAUAUGCCUGCUUCUGUUUGCUGGCAAAACGCACGAAAGUGCUGUUUGAAUGAAUGUUUAUAUGCCUGCUUCUGCCUUCCACCACUCAGUCAGAUACUUGUAUGCUUGUAUGCUCAGUCAGAUUAUAUGCAACGCAGGGCACGCUAGAUAAUAUCUAGUAAUAUCAUCAACCAUGUGUAGUUAACUAGUGAUUAUGAUUGAUUAUUUUUUAUGAGAUAAGUUUAAUGCUAGCUAGCAACUUACCAUGGCUUACUGCAUUCGUGUAACAGGCAGUCUCCUUGUGGAGUGCAACGAGAGAGAAGCAGGUCGUUAUUGCGUUGGACUAGUUAACUGUAAGGUUGCAAGAUUGGUUCCCCCGAGCUGACAAGUUGAAAAUCUGUCGUUCUGCCCCUGAACAAGGCAGUUAACCCACCGUUCCUAGGCCGUCAUUGAAAAUAAGAAUGUGUUCUUAACUGACUUGCCUAGUUAAAUAAAGGUAUAACAUUUUAAAAUUAAAAUAUCGGCAAAUCGGGGCCCAAAAUACAGAUUUCCGAUUGUUAUGAAAACUUGAAAUCGGCCCUAAUUAAUCGGCCAUUCCGAUUAAUCAGUCGACCUCUAGUUGAUACUUCCUGUUGCCAUAUAUGAGAAUAGAAACGUGUAAAAAAAGAAAUGCUGAAAAGGGACUCGUAUUGAGUGGGUAAAUGAUGGGAGUAGGUCAGACAGACAGAAAUACAGUAGUCAGUUUGACAUUGCUUUUGUAACCAGACAGAGUUAACAACAUGAAGAAUGUGUGGAGUUUUCCUCAGAUCAUUCGAACCACAAGUGCUUUCUAGAAAAAAGUCACUUUACAUAUCCGUUUUCGUAAUAAUUUAACACUAUUCAAUGCGUCAACUCAGAUCAUGUCAACUUGAUUCACUGAAGCUAUUGCUGUUGUCGUUAUGUUAAGAUGUUACUUUGUGGGAAAUAUAGUGGUCAAAUGUUAGGGCUAUUUUACUGUAUUUUCACAUACUCUAAAAAUCUCAAAUAAAGCAACAGCUUGACUGUAGGGAGAAGAGACUA